AUGUACGGGGCGAUUCUCCGACCGUCGAACGAGUUGGUCGAGUGCGGAGAGGCCCAUGUCGGGGUGCUCCAUGCGACGAUCGCCUUGGGGAGAUUCCUGGUUGAUAUCCAUGACCCGGAUAUCUUUCCCCGGCGCAGGGAGCGGGUGGUUGACUCCGCGUCGCAGACGGUGGAGGUCAACCUCCACGCGCCCUGUGGGAUCGUCCGGCUGACUGUCCCAGUGGUGGUGACUGAGAAAGAGGCGAAGUCAGAUCCGUCCCGACCGGUCUCCUUUCUUUCACCCCCGGCCUAUGCGACGGCUAUCAAUCACCCCGUCUAUGGCGGGACGUACUACGUCCUGGUCGAUGUGCGGGAACUGGGAUUCGCCCAGGGGCUGAGGGAUGUGGACUUCGAUCGGGUCACGCCGGUGUUGAAGACGCUGAAAGGCUAUCUCAACUCGCAUCCGGACUUUCCAACGGCGUGUCGGCACCCCUCGGGGAUGCCGUUGGCGUACCCGUACUCGGUCAUGGUGGUGGACACCGAGGUCGGAGGCCAGCCAGAUGACGUGGAGGGGGCCGAGACCGGCCUCUGCUUCUUCGCCGAUGAUCAGAUUGAUCGCUCGCUCACCGGGUCGUGUGUCGUUGCCCGCAUGGCGCUGGCAUAUGCCAAGGGCGAGAGGCGACACGGCCAGCGGUGGGCGUGCAACUCGCUGGUUUCGAAUCACUUCAGCUCGGGGGCGUUUGUGGAAGAGAUCGUUGGGACGGCAGGGGAUGCCGUAACGGUGCGGGUGGAGGGAAGUGCCUACAACAAAGGGACCUCCAGUUUCAUUGUCGAGGAGGGAGACGUCGCUGGUCACGGUGGUUUCACCAUGAAGAAUCCACGGACACCUGCUGUCCCUGGCCGAUUCACCUUCCGCUCAUAGGGUUGCGCUAUCUUCCCAGUCUGCAAAUCCUGCAGCCCCUGUCAGUCGGCGCCAGAGGCGAGCGGGCAUACUCACCUCAUUACGUGUCGCCCUGGGCGUGGCCACCACUCAUGUGUCAACGUCGACGGCCCGUCUCCGGGUUCAAGAACCUCUUGACUGGCAAUUAAACCGUAGGCCAGGUGGUGUUUUGUGGAUUUAUCAGACACUUAACCCCAAGGGCACCCGACGAAGUGAAGAACCUUUUCUGUUCAAUGCUGGGACUGGAAUCAUCAUGUCUGUGCUUCAUGGCACGGAUGAUCCUGUACGCGAACGCCGUCUUCCCAGUCUUG